AUGGGGGCGGAUGCUCCCGGAUCGACGCAUUCCCCAGCGGACCCGACCGCCACCUGCACGCCGGAGGAGGCCUCCUUGCUGCCUCGACAGGCCUCCGCGGCGCGCGAGAGGACUCCCCUUCCGCCACUCGCUUCCUCGCCUCCACUGCCGAUGUCCCCUCCCAGCCUGGACAUUACCCGGCUGACGGCGGGCAUUGCACGCAAGCUCCGGGAGGAAUUGCUGGAGCAGAUGGUGCGGGAAUUUAAUACCCGCUUCCUGCAAUUGCAGACUGAACUGACGGCCCAUUUGGCCACGUUUGACGCCCGUCUGGCCUCACUGCAGGUGGCGCUGCAAUACCCACAACGAGGGUGCAGGCGGAGUAUGAGCAGGGCCCCCUCUUCGCAGGAAGGUCCUCAGUCGCGCCAGCGCAGUGAGUCCCGCGGUGGCUCCCCGGCACCGACUCGCCCUGGCGGCGCGGGUGCCCAGGGAAGACGGUGUCUUUGA